UCUUUCUCGAGGCAAACGGCGGGAUGCUGCUUCGCGACGACAAGGUCAAGAUCACGCUGACACUCAACCCAAGCAUCGCGUCAUCGUUGCUGGUGUUCAUAUGCACGGCGUUGACGGCUAUGCUGGUCUGCUUGGCGUGUCGAUGUCUGCGGAAGGCGAAGACGCCUUCAAUUGUAGACUACACGCGUGGAGCGGUUCGCCAUCAGCGCACCAUGGCACCGGCCGACCAACAUGAGUAUACACAUCCGUUCUUGGGGCCUCCAGAUUACGAGCAGCCGUAUGACGAGCAAGGGCCACCAGCCUACCACGAAUUGCCUUCAGCACCGCCGCUCGAAUAACCCUUCAUGGAACGUUGUCACGACUUUUGGAUAACCCUCGCGUCAUGACACGAUAGCACUUGAUUGUAUCGUCGACGCACUGACAGUCCCCUCUUUGCAACUCUGUACAUGUGGACUCUACCAUUGCUAAAGGGAUACCAUGUCAAAAAUGUCCCCGUUCGUGCACCGCACGCCCUGGAAACACGUGCAACUUGAGCACCUCAUCAAAUUCUGC